AUGUCUAUCGGCGCCUGGAUUUUGAUUUUGGCUCUAUCGUUUGCUCAGUGGCCGACCGUCAUAGCACAGGGAGAUGGAUCGAAUCUGGCUGAUGAUCGAAGGCCUGCGCUAUACACCGGAGACUUUGGGAACUGUAUGGAGAACUCCACCAUCACAAUAUCCCGCUUCGAUGCCGCUUACUAUGCCGAUAAUAUGACUGUUCUCUUCCACAUCGAUGGAAAGACCUCCUUGGUCAAUGAUAACCUGAUGAUUUAUCUGACCGUGGAUGCAUAUGGAGAAAGCCGAUUUAGUAUAUUAUUCAACCCGUGCAAUGCAAAUCUUCCUUCACUUUGUCCGGCUAGAUCGGGUGUAAAUAUAACAGCAGCACACAUAAUCCCAGUAUCUCAAGCUGAUGUUUCUGAGAUUCCAGCCAUUGCUUUUGCCAUACCAGACUUUGAGGGACGGGCAGAUUUACGAAUAUUUUCAAAUUCCACAAACCGCCAGGUUGCAUGUGUAACUGCUAUCAUUACAAACGGAAAAACCUUCUCGCAUCCAAAGAUCAUUUCAUCCAUAUUAGGAGGAUUUGCCUUUAUCGUUUUCAUUUCGUCGUUUAUCGCAGCUUGCAGCACGUUUGUCACCGGCGAUGGAAUUAUCGGUUCACGAUCACUAUAUGCUCACUCCCUCUCUGUAUAUAUGGUAUUUUCAUGUUUCCAUUCCAUAUUCUUUACUGGAGCGUUGUCGAUCGAUUUUCCCAGUGUCCUCAUUUCCUUCUGGUCGAACUUUGCUUGGUCUGCUGGCUUGAUCAAGGCGGAGUCUAUGCAGGACUCGCUGGACCGAAUCACCAGAAAAUCCGCUCCAUCCAUAGAUGCGACGGACCCCAGCGGGCAGGCACUGGAUCUCGAAAGAGAGCUAUAUUCGCUCUCGAAACGGGACUUCCAGUUUGGAGUGCAUCAGAAAGAGGGACUCCCGGUUCCUGGAAGUUACAUAGGCUUUCCCGCGACUCUUGCGCAAUUAGAUUUAACCGCUACUAAUGCGUUCAUGACAGCAUUUCUCUGGUUUCUAGUUCUCCUCGUGCUCAUUGCUUUCUUCCCCAUGAUGCUACUUGCAACUUUUCAGUUUACAUUGAAGGUGCCUGGGCCUCAAGCAAUUGCCGCAAUUGUAUUCAUGACCCUGCUCGUUGGGGUAUCUGCGGGCAUAGCGCAUGCAUACGUUAUUAUCUUGCGUGGGGGAAGACUCAAAAGCGAAAAGGAAAGCCGAGUGAUAUCUCUUGAACGUAAGUUUGGUUUCGUGCCGUGGUGUAAGAUCUCGCGCCAAGGCAGUAACGCCGCUGAUCAAAAGCCAUCCCCGACCCUCAUACCUUGGUGGAAGCUGUCAAUUGAAAAAAACCAAGAACGUGAUAUUCAUGACGAGGAAACGCUCGUCCAUCAGUUCGGGUGGCUAUCUGCCCGGUUCCGAAGGCGCAGAUGGUGGUUCUUCGGACCGUGGUUCCUUUACGAGUUCAUCAGAGCAUUGUUCUAUGGCGGAGGUCAAAGCAAUCCACGAGCACAGAUUCUCGGGUUACUGGCCCUAGAGAUCAUUGCCCUCGGUGUUUCAGCUUCUGCGAGCCCCUUCCAAAGUGUGAGAUUAAACGCAUUAAUAUAUGUUUUCGGUAUCAUGAAGAUUUCAACCUUAGCAAUAAUCGCCGCCUUGAUGCUUAAUACCGGUACAAAUAGGAUCGUCGUAACGGUACUUGGGAUUGUCAUCGUUGUGUUCCAAGGGGUCACAGUGUUGGUGGUGAUCAUAUUUGGCGCAGUCAACGUUUACACUACGUAUUUCGCGCUUGCCCCUCUAGAAUCCAGGAUCAAACCCGAAUCUUGCAUACCGGUCAGGGAAAAGUACCUCAAACACAUCCAAACAAGAUCUGUCGACAUCGAUCCACCGCCAAAGGUCGAGACUGAACCUGUUGGGACCCCUGUUUUCAGGAUCUUCGCGAAGGGCAAACGCCCCUUCAGGAGUAAGAUUGCCACGCCGAACCUGGUCACCGAGUCAAAGCUGGACCAAUGA